UCGCUUCCGGGUGACGCGACCGCGGCGGGGGCCCGCUUGGGUUUUGCUUCCGGCGCCGUCCCGAAUCGGGGCCCGGCGGCGGCGGCGGCGGCGGCGAGGGUCGCCCCUGCGCAGCGGCUACCUGAGGACGGCGGUGAGGGACGAAGGGGGCGGCGCCGGCCUCGGUCAGGCCAGGCCAGGCGGCGGCGCGAAGGGUCGGAGGCCGCGCCGAGCCAUGGAGCCGCGGUUGUGAGGAGCCCCCGGCCCGGGCCCCGCCUGUGGGAAACCGGGCCGUGGCCGGAGCCGGAGGACAUGGACAAAUUGACCAUCAUCUCAGGAUGCCUCUUUCUGGCCGCCGAUAUCUUCGCCAUCGCCAGCCUGGCCAACCCGGACUGGAUCAACACCGGCGAGUCCGCGGGUGCUCUCACCGUUGGCCUUGUGCGACAGUGUCAAACCAUUCAUGGACGUGACAGGACCUGCAUUCCUCCACGGCUGCCUCCAGAGUGGAUCACGACUUUAUUUUUUAUCAUCAUGGGAAUCAUUUCACUGACUGUCACCUGUGGCUUGCUGGUGGCUUCUCACUGGCGACGGGAAGCAACGAAAUACGCACGCUGGAUAGCCUUCACUGGAAUGAUCCUUUUCUGUAUGGCAGCCUUAAUAUUCCCCAUAGGAUUUUACAUCAACGAAGUGGGAGGCCAGCCCUAUAAACUUCCAAACAACACCGUGGUGGGCUCAUCCUACGUACUGUUUGUUUUAUCUAUUUUCUUUACGAUAGUGGGACUUCUGUUUGCUGGCAAAGUGUGUUUACCGGGCUGACGACCGUCUCUCCAUCCUUUUUGUUUUUUGUUUUUUUUGGGGGAGGGGUGGAGUGAGUUACGGUCACGAAGGAGAAUAGGACGCCGUCUGGCGCAUCCGAGGGAAGAUGCUGAGGUCAGGCCGCCGUUGCAGUCUUACCGGAACGAGGAGGUUUCUCUGUUCUCACUAUGCACUUUGGAUUUUUUUUAAAAGAAAACUUUUAUUAUUAUUAUUAUUAUUAUAAUUAUUAUUCCUUUUUACGGAGAGUCUUUCCCGCCCCCCCCCUCCAUAACCAUAACCAAAACCGAACAACCGCGACUCAUCUCUUCGGCAUCUGGACGUGGUCAGGUGUGCACUGUGAUCGGACCUCGUGUGGAAGG